AUGCAGGCAGUGGCGGGCGGAGCAGUCAAUACCGGCGGGGCCACGGGGGCGGCAGCACGCAGGGAUGCGGACCGCAUCAAGGGGCCCUGGAGUCCCGAAGAGGACGAUGCCUUGAAGAAGCUCGUGCAGAAGCAUGGGCCGAGGAACUGGUCACUCAUUAGCAAACACGUCCCCGGGAGGUCGGGGAAGUCGUGCCGCCUGCGUUGGUGUAACCAGCUGUCGCCGCAGGUGGAGCAUCGCCCCUUUACGCAGGAGGAAGACGAGAAGAUCAUGCGUGCGCACGCCAAGUUCGGGAACAAAUGGGCCACCAUCGCCCGGCUGCUCAGCGGGAGGACCGACAACGCCAUCAAGAACCACUGGAACUCGACGCUAAAGCGUAAGUAUGCCUCGUGUGGGCUACCAUCCUCCGGCGGUCUAUCUUCCUGCUCGGCGUCCGUCAAGGACGACGUGAUCCUCGCCGACGAUGCCGUCGGCGGGACGUACUGCAAAGGCGAUCUUCUCGAUCGCCAAGACGAUGAGUACAGCGACGAGCGGCCGCUGAAGCGGGCGGGGAGCGGGGGGCCGGUGCCGUCGGGGGGGCUCUCUAUCAGCCCCAGUAGCCCCUCGGGUUCGGACGUCAGCCACCAGAGCCACCUGUCCUCUCCUCUCGCUACGGCUGCUACUGCUGCGUCUCACGUCUACCGCCCUGUGCCGAGGACCAGCGGGGUCUCCAUGCCGUCGACUGAUAUUUGUUCGUCAAUCAACAACAGUGGCGGCCCAAUGAACGAAGACGAUCCCUCGACGUCGCUCACACUAUCUCUGCCUGGAUCGGAUCCGUGUGAGGUUUCAAACCACCAGUCGAUGAGCCCUACGCCCUUCUUUGCCGCGACUUGCGACCAUCCGGGGGACCCUCACGAUCUAUCACAUCCUCCGGCGACACAUCCCAUCAAGUACGAAGAUCCCUCUCCUCGAGGUGUUUGCUCGAACAGCUACGAUCUGAAUUCUGCGACGCCGGCCGCGUCGUUUGUGCGGCAACAGCCGGGACCGGGAAACAAGCAGCAGCAGCAGCAGUUCCCAUUCAGCGCGGAGUUCCUGACGAUCAUGGAGGACAUGAUAAAGAAGGAGGUGAAGAGCUACAUGCUGGGCCUCGAACACUCCGGCGUGACUUUCGUACUCCCUCACACGCCCCAGAAGCACCACCCGUUUGACAGACUCCGUAACGCCGACGUCAAUCAGAUCGAAGUAAGCAAGCUCAAGGCAGUUGAGUAG